AUGCCUGAGAAAACUCGGGCGGCACUGGGAGGGUGUCAGAGAUUUGAAUGUCGGGUGAUAGGAUACCCACGUCCUACGAUACAGUGGUUCAAAGAUGGACGUAACAUCACUAGAGAUGAUCGUUAUGAGUUUGACUAUUCUAUUGAGGGAAUUAUCACCAUGGUGAUUAGUAACGUGACGGAGAAGGACCAGGGUGUAUACUCCUGUAGGGCCGAGAACUCGGAAGGCUGGGCCGCCACUGCCGCUUACCUCAAUGUCAGAAUUGUAGAUGAACGAGUAGAACACGAGCUCAUGUCGGUCCAUCAGAUGAAAUUUGAGGUGGGCGGUCUCUAUGACCAACAGAACGACGACCAGAUCCCAUUAGACGCCCAGUUUGACUCAUUCAUCGAACAAAUCACAGGCAAAGGAGGCCACUUCAACAUCUCAUCGUCUCUUGAGGGAAUGGAGAACCAGAAGAAUGAGAAAGGGAGAAAUGGAAUCCAAAUUACUAGCGAAAUAGACAACCACAAAGAUUUGAAUGAAGGCAUUAUUUCAGCAGAUGUUGAAUGCGAUGACAGUGGGAUUGGGCUGGAUCUCGAGAAAUCCAGAAUGUCAUCCACAGAGGAGGUCACUGAUGAAGCAGAUGGCCAGAAGAACAGACUCGGUAUGAAAGGAAGAAGUUUACAGAAGGACUUACAAGAUGGUGGCUCCAUCGAUAAAGCAGAGGUCUAUGGCGAAAAGGAACCUUCGUUAACGAUACAGCCAAAACGUCGCUUUUCUGAUCUUGAUGUUCAUUUAAAAAUGAUGGGCGAUAAGACCUAUCCAUUUUUUCAACCAAAUCCGGAAGAAUAUCCAGAAAUAGAUGGACCAGCAAACACAGGAGACAUUGUGGCUGAAUCAGAUCAGUUAGAACUGAAACAGGAAGCAAAGGUGGAUAACUGUGAUCAGGAAGCAGUUAGUGGACUCUCACUGAAACAUGAUUCUCAUCUCAAUGGUAAAGAAAACAAUAAUGUUGUUUUAUCUCCUGUAAUGGAUGUGGACAUUGAUAAUACAUCGAAAGAAGGUGUUUCUGAUUCGAAACCCGUUUUAGAAUCGGUAAAUGAAAACUCAUUAGACAAGGAUAUAAACAAUAGCAAGCCAGUUGAUAAGGAAUCGAAGGCAAAAAAUGUUACAGAGGAGAAAGACGACAGGGAAAAAGCUGAAGCAACAGAAAAAGAUUCAGAAGAUGCAGAUCUUCUCGAUGAUAUGCUGGAAUAUCUGAAGAAUAAUAGGAAAGGUUCUAGGCGAUCAAUGACGACGGAUAGCGGUUUAGGAGAUGAUGAUUACAGGGACAGCUCUCCCGAUUCUGAUUGUGAAAACCAUGAACAUCGGCGGAAACGAUCACAAGACAAUACAGACCACCACUCGAAAGGAAAGCCAUCCGUCUUUAGCAAACCUUUGAACAAGAUGAAGAUACCAAAGAUUUUAAUUGAAGAAAGUGAUGAAGUAGAAGAACAAGAGUUUUUGCAUCCUGAAGUAGUGACCGAAUCCCAAACAGAAAGAGAUCCCACUGUAGCGGUACCUGAAGUUCUUGAUUCACCGAGAUCUCACACUGAGGAAAUGAACGAGAUGGACAAAGAGAACAUUGAACCUAUUCAAAAAUCACAUUUGGAAAAUGCAAUGAGAGUAGAGGUGGACAUUGUCCAAGGCAACAACAAUAUCGAAAGUAUGAUAUCCGCAAAUGUAGUUGCAACUGAAGAGGCGCCGUGUUCAAAAGUUGACUUGGUGGAAGAAAAGGAAACCAAAAAUGAAGAAGAUAAUGAGAAAAGAGAAAUACAGAAACAAGAUCUUCACGUACCUAUUGUUUACGCUGAGCUAGAGUCGGAUAUCGAUACUGCUAGCGAAAUUGGUAACAUGACCGAACUUUACGAGACAGCGGACGAUACUGAGUAUGAAAAACGACUAGCUACACAACUAGAGUCUGAACUUGGAACCAGUAUGGAAAGUAUUACAAACAAGGACGACGAGGAGAGACUCAAGAUUCUUGGUAGAAGAUAUGAGCUGAAUACCAGCAGUAGGGAGAGCAGUAUGCCUGUUAGUGAUUACGAUUUCCAGUGUCGAAAAGAUUCCUUGCGAAACGACAGGCGAUCCACUCUCAGAAAGCAAUACAUGAUUGUGGAUUCUGAUGAAGACGAUGAUACUCAUAGUCUUCGUCCUGUGUAUGAUGAUGAUUACUUUGCAAGCACAGAAUCCUUGGGAAUAGGUGUAUCCAGAGAGAGUUUGGACAAAACAUUCUCGCAGUUGGAAUUGUUAUGCGGAGAAGUUAUUCCUGAGACAGAUGAAAAUGUUCUUUCCAGAAGUGGUUCCCGAGAUGACGGUUGCGAUCCAGUUGAAAAUGAUAACAAGGAUUUUAAGAUGCUUGAAAAAAAUCAACAGAAUCCGAAUAUCUUUACAGAGUGUUCAGAUACAGCAUAUUCUGAGAGUUUGUCUUCUGAACCUGAGGAUAUUGAGGAUAUUCUAGCAAAGAAAGCAAAAGAAAUUCAGCAAGAAAUGGAUACUCUUAGUCUCGCAUGGACAGAGGAAGAAUCUGUUGAAAACCAGAAGAUGUCCAAUAACGUAGAAAAGCUUCAGGAUACGAAACCAGAAGUCCCUAACCAGAUUAUCCACACAGAGAUUGGAGAUAAAGUACAAAUCAAAUCGAGGAAUGAAAGUUUUGUCAGGGAAUCUGAAAGACCUCAGGAAACUACUGAAGAUUCGCUCGCAUCUUCUCCUUCGUCUGAAAAGGCAAAACUUAGUGAAUUAAAUGAAGGUUCUCCCUUAAAGGCAGAACUAUCUAACAAAGAGGUCUCUUCGACUAGAGAAAAUGUUUUGAAAGAAAGGGAAGGAAAGUUAAAUAUUAUUGAGGACAUUUCUGAAGAGCAAAUGAGAGCGGCAGUAGAAAACGAGAAAGACUCUCUAUUUGUUCAAGCGGAAGUUAAGAAGACCAAAGAGCAAAUACAAGAUUGUUUAAAUAAUUGCGAAACAGAUUCAGCCAAACGAGAACAAAGUUCUGUCAGUGAACAUGAACCAGUUAAACAGGUUGAUGAAGGCGUCAUUGUUGCAACAGAUUUAGCUAAACGAGAACGAACCAUCUGA